GUCAUCAUGUCUCCGUGUCUGCUUUUAUCGCUGGGGAAUUAAAUUAUACGACAUUAUCACACCUAACUGACAUCAUUUAAUGUGGUCUGCUUUUUAUUAAAAAUUAAUUCAGAGAUGGAGCUGCUGAGCCAGGUGUCUAAUGCGCAGUUUUUGUACCCUGCCGCAGCUGUUGCCGUUGUUUUAGUAUGUGCAGCGUUAGUAUUUAUUUUUGGUUUUCAUUCGGCGGAACAACCACAAUUCGAUAAGUUGCCUCUUGUUUUGGACGAUAGAAAAUCAUCUAACAAGAAGAGGAAAAUCAAGGAGAAGAAGUCUUCACCUAACCGCACAGCCGUUGAGGUAAAGACAAAGACAGAGACCGCCAAAAAAUCUCCCGCCAAGGAGAAGAAGGACGAAAAACCUGAAAAACAAAAGGAGCCUGAAAAACCCAAACCCAAAGAGAAGGCAGCUGAGCCCAAACCAGCAAAGAAAGAAGCUAAUGAUGUAAAGAAAGGAAAAAAGAAACCACUGGUUGAAGUAGAUAAGCCUGUCGAUUUUGAUGAAGGUGUUUGGGAAGAGGUGCCAAAAAAGAGUGAUAAGAAAAAAGUGAAGGCCCCAGAAGAGAAAGAUAAGAAAGACAGUCCAACUAAAAAAAAUAAGAAGAAGGCUAAGGAUGCUGAUGUUGAAGCGGCAAGGCCUGCUGAAGAAUCCACUGAGGAACCUACAAAAGUGACUGUUACAGUGGAGACCCCUCUAGAUGAGGAAUCUAGCCGUGCACUGCAAGCACAGGUUGAAGAGUUCCAGCGUGUCCUUAAGGAGGCUGAGCGUCGCGAUCAGGCUGCACUUGGUAAUUUGGAGGAAGAUGAUGCAGUGGAUGAAGAAGUGCCUGAAGUGAAAGACCUGAGAAGCAACAAGAAGAAAGAAAACAAAGAAAAGCAGAUUAAGAAAAAAGCAGUUGAAUCUACUGCAGCUAAGAGUACUCCUAAAGGUGAUGAUAAGGAUGCCUCUGAUUCCUCUGAAAAGCAAGACGACAUCCAAAAUGUGCCCGUGUUUGAUGAACUUGGUGAUACUUGGACGGACGCCAAGGUGUCUAAGAAGAGUAAGAAGAAAGCCCGCAAGGAAUAGUGAAUGUGAGUAGUGUAAAGGUGCGGUGCAUGCCGCUAGCUUAAUGCCACUCACACUACACAUAAAACUGCAACUUGUAUAACAUACAAAUUAUAUUCUAAAUCUACAU